CAGCACACACAAGUGACACGAGAGAGAUCCUCGGUUGGGUCUUUACCCCAGGUGGACCCUGCCUCCUCUCAGCUGUUGCCACUGGAGGGCUGCUCCUUUGAUCAGAUUCCCAUCAUCUGCCAGUGCUCACAAGAAGGCAUGGGGGCCAAAAGGCCUUGGAUUCAGCUCCAGAAACUUCUUAGCUGGUUGACUGGGGAACAAGACUGGGACCAGAACCUGGACAAUCUCUACAUGUUACAACAGAAGAGGAUCUGGGAAGCCCCACUGCUUCGAGCAGCCAAGGAACAUGACUUGUGUACCCUUAAGAGGCUUCUACUAGACCCAAAGUGUGAUUUUCAACAAAGAGGAGCCUUGGGGGAGACAGCGUUGCACAUAGCUGCCCUCUACGACAACCUGGAGGCCGCGAUGGCGCUGAUGGAGGCUGCACCCGAUCUCGUCACAGAGCCUAUUGUGUGUGAACCAUUUGUAGGUCAGACUGCACUGCACAUCGCUGUCAUGAACCAGAACGUGAACCUGGUGCGCGCCCUGCUUGCCCGAGGGGCCAGCGUCUCUGCCAGAGCUACAGGCUUUGCCUUCCACCUCAGCCCCCACAACCUCAUCUACUAUGGAGAGCACCCGCUGUCCUUUGCUGCCUGUGUGGGCAGUGAGGAGAUCGUCCGGCUGCUCAUUGAGCAUGGAGCUGACAUUCGGGCCCAGGACUCCCUGGGAAACACAGUGCUUCACAUCCUCAUCCUGCAGCCCAACAAAACCUUUGCCUGCCAGAUGUACAACCUGCUGCUGUCUUAUGAUGGAGGGGACCACCUGCAGUCCUUGGAGCUGGUGCCCAACCACCAGGGCCUCACCCCCUUCAAGCUGGCCGGAGUGGAGGGCAACACUGUGAUGUUCCAGCACCUGAUGCAGAAGCGGAAGCACAUCCAGUGGACGUAUGGGCCGCUGACCUCCACCCUCUAUGACCUCACAGAGAUCGACUCUUGGAGAGAAGAGUUGUCCUUUCUGGAGCUCGUGGUCUCCUCCAAGAAGCGUGAGGCUCGCCAAAUCCUAGAGCAGACCCCAGUGAAGGAGCUGGUGAGCCUCAAGUGGAAGAAAUAUGGGCGGCCCUACUUCUGUGUGCUGGGCGCCUUGUACAUCCUCUACAUGAUCUGCUUCACCGCGUGCUGUGUCUACCGCCCCCUCAAGUUCCGGGAUGGCAACCGCACAAGUUCUCGCGAUAACACCAUCCUGGAACAGAAGCUCCUACAGGAGGCCUAUGUGACUUACCAGGAUAAUAUCCGGCUGGUAGGGGAGCUGGUGACCGUCACUGGGGCUGUGAUUAUCCUGCUCUUAGAGAUCCCAGACAUUUUCAGAGUUGGUGCCUCUCGGUAUUUUGGACAGACAGUCCUUGGGGGUCCAUUUCAUGUCAUUAUAAUUACUUAUGCCUCCCUGGUGCUGGUGACCAUGGUGAUGAGGCUCACUAAUGUGAAUGGGGAAGUGGUACCCAUCUCCUUGGCCCUGGUGUUGGGCUGGUGCAGUGUUAUGUACUUCACUAGAGGAUUUCAGAUGCUGGGUCCCUUCACCAUCAUGAUCCAGAAGAUGAUAUUUGGAGACUUAAUGCGUUUCUGCUGGCUGAUGGCUAUGGUCAUUCUAGGAUUUGCCUCAGCGUUCUAUAUCAUUUUCCAGACAGAAGACCCAGCCAAUCUGGGGGAAUUCUCUAACUACCCCACAGCACUGUUCAGCACCUUUGAGCUGUUCCUCACCAUUGUCGAUGCCCCCGCCAACUACAGUGUGGAUCUGCCCUUCAUGUACAGCAUCACAUAUGCUGCCUUCGCCAUCAUCGCCACCCUGCUCAUGCUCAACCUGUUCAUCGCCAUGAUGGGUGACACUCACUGGCGAGUGGCCCAGGAGAGGGAUGAGCUCUGGAGAGCUCAGGUUGUGGCCACCACAGUGAUGCUGGAGAGGAAGAUGCCUCGCUUCCUCUGGCCUCGAUCAGGGAUCUGUGGGUGUGACUAUGGCCUGGGGGACCGCUGGUUCUUAAGAGUCGAGAGCCACCAUGACCAGAAUCCUUUUCGGAUGCUUCGUUAUGUGGAAGCCUUCAAAUGCCCAGACAAAGAAGAUGGACAGGAGCAGCUAUCUGAGAAACGGCCCUCUAUCGCUGAGAGUGAGAUUCUAGCUAGGUCCUCUCUGAUCUUCCAAACACCGUCCCUGUCCAGAACUACAUCCCAAAGCAGCAGCAGCCAUCGGGGUUGGGAGAUCCUUCGUCGAAACACCCUGGGACACUUGAAUAUUGGACUGGACCUUGGUGAGGGGGAUGGAGAGGAGAUCUAUCAUUUCUAAUGAGGAGUCUGGGUAGGGUAGAAAGGGAGAUGUUUGCAUAUACAGGCAUCUAACUCCCAUGCUCAUUAAUGAAUCCUGGGAGGGUAUAUGCAGAAUAGUUUCUAAAGGAUGCCAUCUAACCCUUCACACCAGCAUUUCUGGAGAGGUCAAUGGCCAUCCAUUGUUGCACACAUUAUAUGGAUUCCUGGAGAUCUCACAUGUUGGGAGAGAAGUGGUAGCCGGCAACUGAACACACAGGGUAGGGAGACUAGAUUAAUAUCAGGAUCAUCUGUUCUGCUCCAUGUAGGCAACCAGAAAGUAGUAUUCUAUGAAGACUGUUUAGUUCCAUUGGGUUACAUGUGGGGAAAGCCAGUGUGACGUAGACAUUGUGGUCCUAUCCUCUUUUUUUCCCUUCUGUAAGACUCACUCUGCCUAGCAACCAAACCCCAGUUGGAAAAUUGCAAGAAGAAAAGCUCUUUCUCCUCGCUUUCUUUAAAAUUUCUCUUAUUGUGGCAAAAUGCACAUAAUAUAAAAUUUGCCAUUUUAAGCAAUUUUAGAUGUAUAAUUUAGUGACAAAAGUACAUUCAGACUGCUGUAUAACCAUCACCACAGAUAUUUUUCAUCAUCAAACACUGAAACUUAUACCCACUAAACAAUAGCUCUCCAUCAUUCCCUCUCUUCAGUUCAUGAUUACCAAUACUUUCUGUCUGUGAAUUGGUCUCCUCUGGGUACCACAUAAAAGUGGAAUCAUGUUCUAUUAUAUCUGCUUUAUUUCACUUAACAGAAUGGUCUCAAAGUUUCAUCGAUAUGGUAGCAGGUAUCAGAAUUUUAUUUCUUUUCUUAGGCCAAAUAGUAUUUCAUUGUACAUACACACACAUACACACACACACACCACACACACACACACACACACACACACACACACACACACACACACACACUACAGUUUAUCCACUCAUUAGUCAGUGGAUAUUUGUGUUUUCCCCACUUCUUGGUGAUUGUAAAUAAUGAAUGUUAUUAGGAAAAUUGAAUGUAAAAAUGUCUGUUGAAGUCCCUGCUUCUAAUUCUUUAAGUGUACACAUUUAAAAAUAGAAUUUUGGGAUCAGAAGGCCAUCUAUGUUUAAUUUGGGGGGGAGCUAACAUACUGUUUUCCACAGUAUGCCUCACAAUUUUACAUUAUCUCCUGAUGGGUGUAAAAUGGUAUCUCAUUGAAAUUUUGUUAUGGCUUUCCCAAAAGACUAAAGAUAUUACAAAUCUUUUCAUACACUUCUUUGUGAAGCAUUUAUAUAUCGUUGAAAAACAAUGUCUA